AACGUGUUUUCGUUCUCUCUCUUUACAAUCUUUCUCCUUUUUUGUUUUGAUAUUUAAGUUAAUUUUCGAUACGACGAAAUAACAAAUUAAUUCAAUUAUGCCUAAAAUAAGUAAGGAAUCAGAAGAAUCUGUAAAGAAUGCUAAAAGUCCUAAGCUCAAAAAGAAAGUUAAAAAAAGUGUUGAACCAAAAAAUGACAAAUCAUCCGCAAUUGAAGACUCAGAAAAGAUCCCAGCGAAAAAGCAAAUCACUAAGAAACCCAAAAUCAAAUCCAAUGGCAUGAAAAAAGCAGUGAACCUUAUUGCAAAACAGAAAAAGAAACCCACCACCACCGGUCAGGAUCAGCCAAAUGAAGUCGAAGAUGAAUCAGAAAUCCGAGAACCAACCGCCGAAGAACUUUUGGAAAGUGAGAAACCAGAAAAUGUCAAGGCGAUACUUACUGUCCGCCAGAAGAAGAAACUCAAGCAUCAACAGCGUUUGGAGGAACAGAAAAACAAAUGUCCACUCAAAGAAAUAGCUCGAAAUCAGGAAUACCUGCUGAAGUGGAAGAACAAUCGUGCCGAAUGGAAAUUUGAGAAACUCCGACAAAUUGGCAUCCAACAGACUGUCUUUGAUGAGACCAAAAUUAGUGCUGAAGUUUGGCCAAUCGCAUUGGCAUAUCUUUCUGGAUCGAAAGGAGCUGCCAAGGAUGAAAUUACCAAAGCUGCUGAAGCUGUUAUAGAUGAAAUCGACAAGGAAUGCGAAUCGGCGGAGAAUGGUGAUACGACGAUGAUAACUUCAUCGGAGAAAUACCGAAGAGCGCGGGAGCUGCUGCAGACUUUUGAUUGAAAUUAGUUUAGGUGCAAUUAAAUAAAGAAAAUAAAAUCAUUGUUUUUUUUAA